CGUGUCGACGUUGGCGCACGCCGAGACGGAAGAGGCGCGGGCCGGGAAAGGAGCGGGCUGCCUGCUGCGGCGCCUCCGUCCCCAUGGCGCUGUGGCGCGGUUCUGCGUACGCCGGCUUCCUGGCGCUGGCGGUGGGCUGUGUCCUCCUGCUGGAGCCGCAGCUGCCCGGCUCGGCGCUGCGCUCGCUGUGGAGCUCGCUACAGCUGGCUCCCGCUCCCCCGGAACCCGGCUCCCCUGAGGGCCGCUUGGCGGCCGCCUGGGACGCGCUCAUCGUACGGCCGGCCCGGCGUUGGCGCCGCGUGGCCGUGGGAGUCAAUGCCUGUGUGGAUGUAGUGCUCUCGGGGGUGAAGCUCUUGCAGGCACUUGGCCGGAGUCCUGGGAAUGGGAAAGAUCACACCAUUCUGCAUUCAAGGAAUGAUCUGGAAGAAGCUUUCGUUCACUUCAUGGGGAAGGGAGCCGCAGCUGAGCGCUUCUUCAGCGAUAAGGAAGCUUUUCAUGACAUUGCCCAGAUUGCGUCAGAGCUCCCAGGAGCCCAGCACUAUGUAGGAGGAAAUGCAGCUUUAAUUGGACAGAAAUUUGCAACCAACUCAGAUUUAAAGGUUCUUCUUUGCGGUCCAGUUGGUCCAAAGCUGCAUGAACUUCUUGAUGAUAAUGUAUUUGUUCCACCAGAGUCGUUGCAGGAAGUGGAUGAGUUCCACCUUAUUUUAGAAUAUCAAGCAGGGGAGGAGUGGGGCCGGUUAAAAGCCCCCCAUGCCAACCGAUUCAUCUUCUCCCACGACCUCUCCAACGGGGCCAUGAAUAUGCUGGAGGUGUUUGUGGCUAGCCUGGAGGAGUUCCAGCCAGACCUGGUGGUCCUCUCUGGAUUGCACAUGAUGGAGGGACAGAGCAAGGAGCUCCAGAGGAAGAGGCUCUUGGAGGUCGUGACCUCCAUUUCUGACAUCCCCACUGGUAUUCCAGUUCACCUCGAGCUGGCCAGUAUGACCAACAAGGAGUUCAUGAGGAGCAUCGUGCAUCAGGUCUUUCCUGCGGUGACUUCCCUGGGCCUGAACGAACAGGAGCUGCUUUUCCUCAGCCAGGCGGCAUCUGGACCUCACUCCUCUCUCUCUUCCUGGAAUGGCGUCCCCGACGUGGGCAUGGUCAGUGAUAUCCUCUUUUGGAUCUUGAAGGAACAUGGGAGGAGUAAAAGCAGAGCCUCAGACCUCACCAGGAUCCACUUCCACACGCUGGUGUACCACAUCCUGGCAACUGUCGACGGACACUGGGCCAACCAGCUGGCGGCUGUGGCCGCAGGAGCGCGCGUGGCCGGGACGCAGGCCUGCGCCACGGAAGCCAUAGACACCAACCGCGUGUCCCUGCGGGCACCCCACGAAUUCAUGACUUCCCAUUCGGAGGUGGGCUCGAGGAUCGUGAUAAACCCCAACGAGCCAGUAGCAGAGUGGCACAGGGAGGGAAUAUCCUUCCACUUCACACCAGUCCUGGUGUGUAAAGAUCCCAUUCGAACGGUGGGCCUUGGAGAUGCCAUUUCCUCUGAAGGCCUCUUCUAUUCCGAAGUCGCCCUCACUCCUAGGAAGUAAUUUUUCUGAAGGAGAGCUACCCAAUUUAAGAAUUACAGGAAAAAUAGGAUGGAGGCGUGUCAAAACAGUUUCUAGAUCUAAUUGAAAGAUAGCCAAAGAAACAACGGAUUCAACUGUACCAGAUACAUUCCAGCCUGUUGACGAUUACACAGAAACAUUUCAGGUUUUCCUCAGAAUUUAGCUAUCUACUAACGAGACUGGAUUUUUGUUUUUUUUUAU